AUGCAGGAUACUUCUAUUGAUUCUCCCAUACUACCCUCCGCCCUCGAGGCCCUUAUUGGAACAAAGCACACUUUCGAAAUUAAGAGCCACACCUACUACCGUUAUGGAGAAUAUGAGAGCUUCAAUUGCGGCAAGAUUGUUGGGCCUGAUAUGGAUAAAACAGGUGGGAGUGUCAAUGUUGUUCCGUCGGAUUUGAAUGGAAGCCCAUCUGCCACCCUAAAGCGUGACUCGAACCUCCCGCCCCCAACCCCCGGAUCUGGACGGAAACUUAGAAAGCUAUGCAUUCAAGAAUCAGAUGACGAUGCUGAUGAGGUGUCCAUUGACUGUACGGGAGUUAAUGACAUGGUGGACGAUAGCGGCGAUGCUAAGGAGGGUUCCCUCUGA